GGCGGCUCCGCCGCAGACGCCGCUCGGUCACCGCCGCGUUCACCUCGCGGAGCCGGGGCUGCCCGCGACACCGGGAACACCGGGAACAACGGGGGCUGCCAGAAACACCGGCACCGCCGAGGCUGCCAGGAACAGCGGGACAUCAGGAUUGCCGGUCCCGCGGAGCCGGGAUCGGGGUCCCCGGCCCAGUUUGAGACGCAGCCCGGCACUGGGAGCGGCCAUGAGGGACACGCUUGGAGCUGGAUCCCUGCGGAGCCUUGUCCAGCUUGCCUGGCUGUGCCUGUUCUCCUCCGUGCCGCACGGCGGGGCCAAGGUGCUGGAGAAGACUUUCGAGGAGUGGCUGCGGUACCGUGACGAGUGCCUGAGGAGGAUGGCGAGCGAGCCCUACCCAGCAGGGCUGUUCUGUAACAGGACAUUUGACAUGUACGCCUGCUGGCCCGACGGGAGCCCCGGCACCGCCGUCAAUGUCUCCUGCCCCUUCUACCUGCCCUGGUUUGAGAAAGUGAAACACGGGCUGGUGAGCCGCAGGUGUGGCACCGACGGCCAGUGGGUGACAGUGAACGGCAGCCAGCCCUGGAGGGACUACUCCCAGUGCGAGGAUGAGCUGGAGGUCACUGCUGAGGAGGAAGGCGCCCGCCGGCUCAUGGUGAGCUUCAAGGUGCUCUACACCGUGGGCUACUCGCUGUCACUUCUCACCCUCAUCUCCGCCCUGCUCGUCCUCACCGCCUGCAGGAACCUGCGCUGCACCAGGAAUUACAUCCACGCCAACCUGUUCGCCUCCUUCGGGCUGCGGGCCACCUCGGUGAUGGUGAAGGACGCGCUGCUGGAGCGGCGCUGGGGCGUGCAGCUGCUGCAGGUGGCUGACUGGGAGGCUCUGCUGAGCCACAAGGCAACACUGGGGUGCCGCGCGGCGCAGGUGCUGAUGCAGUACUGCAUCCUGGCCAACCACUACUGGUUCCUGGUGGAAGCUGUCUACCUCUACAAGCUGCUCAUCGGGGCCGUGUUCUCUGAGAAGAAUUACUACAGGCUCUACCUCUACCUGGGCUGGGGGACCCCCGUGGUGUUCGUGGUGCCCUGGAUGGCUGCCAAGUACCUGAAGGAGAACGUGGAGUGCUGGGCGCUGAACGAGAACAUGGCUUACUGGUGGAUCAUCCGCAUCCCCAUCCUGCUCGCCUCCCUGAUCAACCUGCUCAUCUUCAUGCGGAUCCUCAAGGUGAUCCUGGCCAAGCUCCGGGCCAACCAGAAGGGCUACGCUGACUACAAGCUGAGGCUGGCCAAAGCCACCCUGACCCUCAUCCCCCUCUUCGGGAUCCACGAGGUCGUUUUCAUCUUCGCCACAGACGAGCAAACCACGGGCAUCCUGCGCUACAUCAAGGUGUUCUUCACCCUCUUCCUCAACUCCUUCCAGGGCUUCCUGGUGGCCGUGCUGUACUGCUUUGCCAACAAGGAGGUGAAGUCCGAGAUGAAGAAGAAGUGGCAGCUCUGGAAGCUCGACCACCCGGUGCUCUGCUGUGCCCAUUGAGGUGGUGACCGG